CAUUAUAAUCAUUAUAAAAAAAAGGAAAAAGCGCGUGUCGUUGCUGUACGUUUUGUAUUCUUCACAAUUCCAGUGAAAGAAAUCUUUAAAUUUCUAUCUUCCAAAUAAUUUCAUUGGUAAAUAUUCUCGCAUCCGAACCAUGGAGUCAAAAUCGAAUUACGAUUUUGCGAAUUUUCGUCUCAAUUGCAUUUUGAACAAUAACACCAAAAAUAAAACUGUUUGUCUGGUGGGGCACUUUGUUGAUCUCAGUGAAACUGAUCGGGCACUGAUAAUACUAGAAAAAACUGCUUUCACAGAAAAAGAUUUGCAGUCGUCAUCAGAAAAUUCCAGUGGAAUUUUCAGCUCCAAAUCCAUACUGACAGAAGAAUUUAUAAACGACAUCUACGGCAAUUUUCAGUGUUCGCCCUGUCCAGACGUUAACACCAUCAAAACGACAAUCAUCUACCCAGCCACCGACAAACACAUCGAGAAAUAUUCGUCACAAGAAAUACGUCUUUUGCUGGAGACUGCCGAACUUUAUCGCACUGUCACAUUACCAUAUUUGAUCAGUCAUCAGUUCAGUCUUGAUUGGGUGUUCAACAUUUUGGAUCACAAAAAAGAAUCGGAACGCAUCGCAUUCGAGGAUCCUUGUCCCGACACCGGAUUCAUUUUACUGCCGGACUUAAAGUGGGAUGGAAAAACGAGUGAAACGUUGUACCUACUUGCACUGAUCCACCAACGGAACGUAAAAUCAUUGCGCGAUCUGACUGGCGAUCAUUUGCCGCUGCUUCGAAAUAUUCGCGACAAGGGCUGUGAAGCAAUUGAACAGAAAUAUGGUGUUAAGCGAUCUGAACUACGAAUCUACCUGCACUAUCAACCGUCGUUUUAUCAUCUGCACGUACAUUUCACAUACCUAAAGCACGAAGCGCCGGGAAUAUUUUGUGAGAAAAGCCAUUUGUUGGACACGGUCAUCAACAACAUUGAAUUGAUGCCGGACUAUUACCAGCGCGCAACAUUAUCAUUUGCUGUCAAAAUUACAGACAAUUUGUACCAACAGUUCAAUGACAUUGCACCCGAUAAGAGACUAAAAACUGACGAGCCAUGCAGCCCGUCGUCGGAAGGGACAAUAUGAUGCCGAUCAAUCGAAUGUUGAUCGAAUAUUCUUCUCGUUUGCAAGUGGCCAAUUUUUUCAUUUUAUUUACGAAACGAUUCGCCGACACUAAAUCGGUCAAAAUUCUACUGAAACCAUCCGAAAUUGCGAUUCACUUCGACGGCGACAAGUUGACGUUGGACCUAACCGAACAUUUUCAAUUGGAAACGUGCUCGCUGAGUUUGCUAAAUAUUGCCGGUGACAGUGUCAGCUUUCGACUGAACACAAACAAUGAAAACAAUUUUCGCUUCGAGUACCUCAGUCUGAACAACAACCAGUCAUCAACGGACAUUUUACGGCUGAAAAUAAAUGUGAAGCCAGACAAGGACUUUCAGAUCAUCUGCUCGAACUGCACUUGUCCACUGACCACAAUGGUGAAUUAUCAACGAAUUUUGGAGCUUCCAUCCGAAAAUUUGGAUCUAAGCGAAUGGUUCUGUCACAAGCAUCACUCCACCAGUGACACAACAAGCACCAACGAUCCAAUCAAUGCCAAAGAAAAAUUCAAUUUUGCCAAAUUCAAACCGCGCGACACCGACCUGCUAUUCGGUCAAUUCUUUUUCCUAUUCAACGCCAAUCGACUAACCAACAUCAAGACCAAAAAUAAUUUCGUUCACUGCCGACGAUGUCUAAAUUUCCUGGGCGAAACCGUACGUGAUUCGACGAUCAAAAUCUGGGACGAAAACAUCAAAAUCCAAUCGGAAUCGGAUGCACGGUCAAUGUUCGACGGUUCGUCUGUGUUCAAAAAUUUCUACUUCAUCAUCCGGAAAAAUGUGCAAGAUUUCGAUUUUAUGUCCAGUGCCGGUCUACCGUCAACCAAUAAAAUUUUAUUCGAAACAAAAGAAUCGGACGGCAGCACCAAUUACCUGCUACUGCAAAUAAUGAACAAAAAUCUGGAAUUGUUCACUGUGUCCGGCUUCGCGAACGGUAUGGUGAGUUUGCAGAAAUUGGCCGGCAUGAAAGUUUUCUAUCGCAUCGAAAGUGAUGAGACCCGACCGAUGGUUAAGUUUUGGCAAAAUGACGUUGGAUGCAGUAACAUUCAAAUAUCGAGGAAAAUGUUUACGGUUGCCGUCGA